AUGCAGGGCAGUCCCGACGCUGGACCGUCCGCUUUGAGGAUCACGACGCCCGCUCCUCCUCCCGCCGAGACGAUCGCUACCGGAGCUGGUUCUGCUGAGCCCGAGCGAAGGAAGGGUACGAGGGGCGCCAGGGCUUGCGUACGCUGCCGGAGGAUCAAGAAAACUUGCGAAGGAGGGUCGGCUCCCUGCGUCAGGUGCAAGCAGGCAGGCGCAGAAUGCGUCUUUGACAAGCCUGCGUCCAGCGUCGUCGAGGAUGCCGGCUUGACGCGGUUGUCAGCUAUCGAGGCGGCACUUGCGACGAAUGAGCGCAGGAUGGAUACGCUCGUGCAGCAGAUGGGCGAGGUUACGAACGUCCUCAUGGAAGUCGUCGGGCGCUUGAAGCAAUACGGCGGCAGCCAACCCGGCCAGAGUCCCGCCGCUCUCCCUUACCCGCCCAAUCAAGUCUCUCCUUUCGGCAGCGGACUCGACACUUCCGGCUUCCAACAUCCUACUCCGCCCUUCGGUCGUCCUCGACCUCUUUCCGCCGGCUCUCCUGGGCUCUCGUCUCUGCCCAACCUCGCGGCUGCCGCCGCUUUCCGCACCUCACCCAUUACGAGCGGCUCACCAGGCUUCCCUCGCCCGCCGAGCAAUCCCAGCUCGUCGCAGAUUUCGGCGCUCGAUGCGCUCGCACAUCUCGCAUCUUCGAACUCGCCAGACGUGCACCGCUUUGCGUCUCGCGUACGAGCACCAAUCUCGGCCCUCCAAGAUGCGGUCGCAGAGAUGGGCGAUGAGGCGGAGACUAAGUCUGAUGAGCUGCUGGGGGAGAAGCCUGAGACGAUGCAGAAGCAGGAAACGUCUCAAGAGAAGGACGACGAGCGGCCUGCGAAGAGGAGCAGAGUUGCGGUUCCUACUGCACCGACAUCGCCGGACCAGUUCGACUUGGUUGCGAAGGGCCUGAUAGGCGAUAAGGAAGCGCGCGCGCUCGUCCUGCUAUGGAUGAAGGAAUGUGCGAAUUUCUGCGCCGUCCUCGACCAGAACUACGAUACCUACGAGUCGCUGCGCAAGCGCUCGCCCUUCCUCUUCAACACCGUACUCUACACGGCCUUGAGAGCGCAAGAACGCUGCUCCGCGCCGUCGAAGGAGCUCGUCGCCGCAGCGGAGGAGACGCGCCGAUUCGCCCGCAACCAGGUCUUCGAGAGCAAACCGUCUCUCGAGUCGAUCCAGGCCACGAUGGUGCUCGCUUGCUACCACCAGCAGCCGUACAUCCUAUCGGGAAUGGCGCUGCGACUCGCACUUGCCGCCAAACUCGACACCUCGUUCGAGCAGCUCGAAGCACACGGUUGGCAUCAGACGGACGAGAAGGCGCGACGGCUUACGGCGCAGCUGCGGACGUGGAUCUACAUCGUCACGCUCAAUGCGCAGCACGAGCGGAACCUCGGUGUGAUGAGCCUGAUGCGGCAGGAGGACGUGGACGCGCUCGUCGACCGAGCCGACCGCGCGCUCUCCCUCCCGCAUGCCAUCGGAACCGACUACCGCCACAUCGCCAACCUCCGCCUCUGCUCGAUUGUCCGCGUCAUCAUGCAGGACACGGCAGCCAUGGCGCAGCGCCCCGAAUCGACCGCCGACCAAAUCGCCUACUUCUACGAAAAGGCACAGCUCCUCAACGACUGGUACACGCACUACGACCAACUCAUCGCUUCGUACCAGCCGUCGCCUCUCGCGUGGGCUCGCCGAAGCCAUAGUCGAAUGUACCACGACGCGAAACUCGGCCUUCUCGCCAGCAUCUUCAAGCAGCGACUGUUCGAUCCGCCCGCGACGGAGACCUUUGAGAUCACGCGGAUGGCGCAGGAGGCGCUUUCCGACGCUCGAGCGGCCUUGCAGAUGGUCCUCGGAUCGCCCGUCUACCGCAGCGGGACGCAGUGGAGUGGCUACCUCCUCCGCACCGACAUGUCGUUCGCCUGCCUCUUCCUCCUCAAGUCCGGCGCCGCCUUCCCGCAACUCGUCGAUCGGGAGCAGGUUGCCAAGGACGUGCAGCAAGUCGCGGAGCUGCUCUCGAACGUCGCAGGUUCGCAACGUUACGCUGCGAUGCUCCUCGCUGCUCGCGAACAGUACCUCGAGCGAACCGCCCCUCCGCCUGAAGUUUCCGCCGUCUCCGAUCUUGCGACGGCGAACGGUCCGCCUGCAACGUCUACCGCAAACGAGCAUUACGCGGCGCAGCUUCCCACACUCUCGCAGCCCCUCGAGCACUGCAGCAACGGCACCCUCUCCGCCUACAGCUCCAUUCCCGUACCAGCCAACAUCCCUGUCGGCGCUGCAGGCUCGUCGAGCGUCCCGCAAACGCCCUUCUCCGCCCUCGGACUGACCGGGAACGGUGGUGGGGGCGCCGGGAUGGCGCUCAUGCCGGGCGAGAUGGACUUUGACUGGUCCAUCGCGAUGCCGCAGUCUCUCUUCGACGACUCGCUGCUCUCGCAACACGACUGGAUGGCGACUGUAGGGAACCCGCCGAAUUGGUUCGAUAACCUAUGA